CUUAUUAUUCUCAACAAGACAUCAUUCUAAUGUUCCCAGUGGGACUCCACAUCCAUACACCGACCGGCUGAUCUGUUGGGUGAAGAUACUCCCACAGAUAUGUACCCCAACUCCCAGGUAGUGGAGGCUCAGAAUCGCCUGCCGAGCCCAGAGAGGUAACUAGGAAUUACGAGGAUCUAUCCUUUGCGGUAAGUAGACAAGGACAUCCUGUUUUCAGAUACAGUCCCAUGCUCCUUCAAGUUUACCAAGUAAGGCCCUAUAUAUGAGAGCAGGAGGAACUUCUUUAUAGUACAGUGAUUCAUGUGGAAGCGUCUUUCUAAUACAUUCUUAGAACGGAGCCCGGCAAUAAAGUGACAGAGCCACUUUCCAAGAAAAGGGCAAUGUGUGUAGGAAAGUGUGCCCGCUGUACUGGACUCUCCCUAAUGUUACUGGCUCUACUCUCUAUUACCUCAAACCUUUUUCUCCUCUUCCCCAACCUUGAUGGGUCAUACCUAAGAAGACGGCAGAUCAGCAGCUAUGCUAGAUUUCUAUCUGGAGUUUGGGCUGGAGGGCUUAUGGUCCUUCUGGCCAGUAUACAAAUCACAACCACUGGGUUUAAAGUAAGAAGACUGUCUUGCUGUGGACCUCGCUGUGAUAUGUUCCUGUCGGGUGUCUCCUCCUUUGUGGCUUUACUUGGAGCUACAAUCUCUCUUUUAGUCUCGGUGGCUGGGUUAUUCAGUGGCCCCUACUGCUUGCUUCAAGAGAAUGAUGGAGCAGCACAGAAAUGGGACUAUCCUAAACAUAAUAUCUUCAACAAUAGCUCGGUGGUCAUGGUUCCAGACAUGUCCUCCUGGAGUGGUGCCUGUAUAGAACCUCCUUACAUUGAGACCUGGCAUUCCAGUUUCUUCAUUCUCAUGUCCAUGAGCAACAUUUUACAGAUCAUGUUGUGUCUCUCGCAGAUUGUUAAUGUCAUUUUUGGAGUGCUGUGUGGACAUUGUGACCAGAAAAAAUGACUCUCCGAUGACCUUCUGGGUCAAAUCUGUGACAUCACUCCAUGUCCUGCCUUGGUCCGAGCUUGUUACAUAACACAAUUUUGCUAAAUUUUGGCCUGUGAUGAUCUGGUAAGAUUCUGUUGUCCUGCCCUG